AUGACGGCUGUAGAGACUUCUCUUGGGGUAGAAGAGAAGGAUAAGGAAGAGGAGUUACAACUUAAUCCACUACAAGACGAAUGGUCAUAUUAUUUAUUCGUUUUUAACAAAUCUGAAAAAUGGGAAGAGUGCAUAGAAAAAGUGGCUACAUUUAAUACUAUUGAAUAUUUUUGGAGUGUAUUGAAGCAUACAGUUCAACCAUCAAAGAUGGUCAAUGGAAAUGAUUUGUACAUGUUCAAACGAGAUAUAACACCUAAAUGGGAAGACCCAAGGAAUGAGAAUGGUGGACGCUGGCUAAUCAAUAUAUCUCAACAACAUAAUGUUGAUAUCCUCUGGGACGAGUUGUUGAUGCUUCUAAUUGGUUCUGACUGGGAUACAGACGAAGAGGAAGAUCAGAUAUGCGGAGCUGUAUUCCAACCACGUGCUCGUGGUCAUAAAAUGGCAGUUUGGCUAAGCAAUGACAACGAUGAACGAACUAUCAUGCAGAUUGGCAGACGAAUUAAAGAACGCUUAGAAUUAGAGGAGACAAUCUAUUUUCAACCUGUCUGUGAUCAGAGGAAGUAUGCUAGAGGCCGAGAUAUCUACACUGGGAAAUAUCAGAUCUAA